AGCGUCUGCUUGGAAGCGAUGUAUGGAUGACGUGUGCGUGGGCGAUGGGCAUCAUCACUGCCUCGUUUUGCAUCACCUAUGUGCACAUGGGUGUCAUGGAGGAUGGUAUAGACCCUAGUCUGACGAAUUUCGAUGCAUCAGAUGAGAGGAAACAGUUGAUCCUCAAGUUACUCUGGAUAAGCGUUCUUCCCUUUGUAACGUCAUUCUACCUGUGCAAGGCUGCACUACUUGGUGUGUAUCAUCAGGUAAUUCCGAGAUUCAUGACAAAAAGAAGGGCGUUUCUUUGGGCAACUGUUUGCUACGUCGUUGCUUCAUUCGUUGUCACGGUCGUUCUCCUGUUUACAAUUUGCACUCCCGUCGACCGUUGGUGGACUUUUGAUACCGAACGCCAAUGCAAUAGAGAUCCACUUAUGUCAUUCUUUAGGGCCAUCUGGGCCCUCAACUUCUCCUGCGACAUUUUCAUCUUUGUGCUCCCUUGGUUGAUCGUGCCGGAUUUGAUGAUCAAGGGAUGGCUUCGCAUCGGCGUAUACUUCACUUUCCUUCUUGGCCUAAUCAACAUGUCUCUAAGUAUUGUCCGCUACACCAAGGUAUACACCGGUGUCGAGGCAUCACUAGUCACGAUACACUUCUGGAACUCGCUUGAUUUGUACAUUGGUCUUGUCAUUGCCUGCCUGCCCGCGUUGAGACCCUACUUCAAGUACGCUACCGAGUCGCGCGCCUUCAACUACAUGAGAAGCAAGACCGGUACUCGUGGUAGUAGUCAGUACACGACAAACGCGACUACUGCGUCAUCUCAUGCUGUCAAGCUUUCGCAAGUACCGCCCAAGGGAUCAUUUGACGGAUCGGAAGAUCGUCUAUCACAAUUAUCCUUGGUCCAUGUAAGGCCUGAGGAUGAAGAGAGAUACUAGGUAUGGACAGAACUAAAUAGAUUCUAUUUUUGAGCGGAAUAAAAUGACGGGUAAUGGGAGGACUGGCAUCGCAUCUUGGAUCAUGCAUUGUUGUUCAUAAGUGGGUUUGGAUAUGGAUAGUAAUGAAGUCAAAGACAUUUGUUUGGAAGUCAAGUCAUAAAUAAUGAAACCAGCGUAC